AUGGCCGACGACGACGGCUCGCUCGAAGAGCUGACGUGCCCCAUCACGAACGAGGUCUUCCUCGAUCCGGUGCUGUGCGUCGGAGACGGCAUGACGUACGAACGCGUCGCCGCGGAACGUUGGUUCAAGGCGCACAGCACGUCCCCAAUGACGGGGGAGCAGCUGGACGUGCCCGGGGGCGUGACGCUCGUCGAUAACCACGUCGUUCGUAAGCAGGCCGCCGCGCUGCUCGAACGUCGGCCGGACCUGAAGCCGAUCGGGAUGUGGCACGCGGGUGACGCGGUCGAUGACGGCGCCGCCGCGGAGGAACCCUCGGCUCCACCGCUAUCGUCGUCAUCGUUCGGAGAGCCGGCUGCGUCGUCGUCGUCGCAUCUUUCAUCCUCCGACGCCUUUGCGCCUCCCACGAGUCAGUCCGCCAUCCUCACCGGCUCGCACCGCGGCGGCAUGCGCGCGUUCACGCUCACCAACCGCGCGUACGCCUGCCCCGAGCGCGACGCUCGAUGGGAGAACGUGGGCGUGGCGUCGGGUGCCGCGUUCGUCGCGGCGAGCGCCGACGGCUCGCUGCUCAUGUCCGGGGCGCAAAACUCGUCCGCGGUGUCCAUGUGGCGCCCGGCGAGGCACGUCGGCGAGCCCACGCCCGCGCCCGUCGCCGCCAGGCUCCGCGAUUGGUCCCUAUGCGGCGCGGUGGACCCGCGCGGCGAGUGGUGCGCCGCCGCGGGCCGCGGGAAGAAGCUCGAGCUCUGGCGGGUUUCCAUCCCCGAGGGUCCCGGAGUCUCCGCCGUCUCAAUCACAGCCGCCGACGCGGCGGAGGCGGACGGCGACGCGCCUUGGCACAAGGAUUUCGUGACGUGCAUGACCAACCUGGGGUUUGACGGUGCCAAGCUGGUGUACGGCGGGGACGACUGGAGACUGCGGACGUGGGACAUCGGCGCCAAGCGGGGCGGCGCGGGCGGCGUCGUCGGCGAGUGCAGCGCGGGCGUAACGAGCGUAGUGUCUUCGAAAGACGGGAACGUGAUCGUCGCCGGAACGGACGACGGCGAGACGCACGCGUUCGACACGCGCGCGGGCCCCGACCCGGUGUUCUCCACGUUCAAAAACCUGACGCGUGAUCGGGUGGUGGACACGCCGGACGUCGCUCAGAGGCACGGGCCGGUGACGUGCGUCGCCGUCGCCGAGGAUGGCCGAUCGUGGGCGGCGAGUGGCGCGGGCGAGGGCGUGAAGCUGUACGAGCCCAGGAUGUCCUGGCGGGAGACUGUUUGCGCGGAUGGCGGAGACGCGUCCGUCGGGUUGCGAUGCACGGCGAUGGCGCCGCCGCGGGGCGUGUCGCCGUCGUGCCUGGCGAUCGCGACGGAGGACGGAACCGUCGCCGCGUUCGACGUCGCGAGCGCCGCGUCGGGCCUGACGAUCGAGAGGAAAUUCACGAUUCAGCCGCCGGGGGCGCCGAAGGUGACGUCGCUGUGCGCAUUCGCGCCGACGCCGCUGGCGCCGGCGGUUCGUCGGGGGGCGAAUGCGGGCGGCGGCGGGCAGCCGCGCGCGCGGUCGUGGUUCCGCACCAUCUUUGGCUAG